AUGGUUGCACGUGCGUGGCUAGUUGCACGAUACCCUCUAGGUGAGAAGGAACAUGGUGACAAUUUAUCGGACCCUGUGCGCGAUCAGCUCUUCUUGUCAUCCAUUGAGGUUCUGAAACUAUCCAGCUUGGUCCUCACAAACAAAAGGAUUGCCCACUGGAGUUGGCACUCAAAGACGCACAUUCAGUGGCAUGCCGUUGCCUUUGUGCUCUCUGAGAUCUGCACUCGGCCCCCUUCGGCAGACUGUGACCGCGCAUGGGGGUACGUCAAUACCGUUUAUAACAAUUGGAAGAUGAAGGAAAGCGGGAGAAAGGGUACCCUAUGGCGGCCUAUCAGACGACUGAUGGCCAAGGCACAGUACAUACGAGAGAUGCAGGAGCUUGACCCUGCUGGCAGAGGGAGACAGCGAGCACCGACCAAUCGAGAUGAUAUGCAAGGGGUCCUAGGCUCCGAAUUGUGCUGGGAUACGAACACGACAUAUGUGUCUACACCUGUCGACCCAACCUGCAAUGUAGUAAAAAAUCUUCCUAGCGAUUUCUUGACGGAGACUUUGGAUCCCUUUGAAGAGCUUUUCCCGGGUGUUCCGCACGUCGAAAGCUCCGCUCAUGAACCGUGCAAUAAUUUCGGACCAAUGCUCCCUCUUCUUGAUGACUCCCAUAUUCCUGAGUGGCUGGUUCCGGAGUGGGCGAGAAAAUCACCAGGCAAUCAGACAUAA